AUGCCUUUCGUUGUCGUUCAAAUACGAGCUGGAACACAAGUUUUGAAGCCCUGGAUAGGCGUACGAGUUCCAGACAAUUCUUCUUUAAAUGAUGUUUAUAAUGAUCUGGUUGCAGGGAUCCUUGAUCAAGGUUUGUAUGUAAAUGUUUAAUGAUUUAAAUAUGUUAAUAUUAUUAUUUUAAUAUGUAUAAAAAUAUGCAAAUUUUAUUUCGAUAUUUGGCGCCAAAAUAGUGAGGUCCAAUAUAUUCCGGCACUAUUUAUAUAUUGCCAAUUUCAAAGCAACAGCACAUCGACGGCGAUCUAUGUUAUUAUAAAAUAUAAAGUUUUAAUAACAGCAUUUCUAACAAUUUUAAUAUUUUAAUAAUUAAUAAUAUAAAAAAACAUGAUUUUUUAUAUGGUUUUUGAAUAGGUGAGCCAAUUGAUGAUAAUUCUGCAGUUCAACUGAACAAUGUUCAUGUCCAUGUUGGAAAGAGCAAGAAAGACCUAACCCGAGUAGACAGCCAGUGCACAGUGGCAGAGGUAGAUUCAUUGUGUUGUAUAUUUUAAAUAUUUUGUUUCUGCAGUUCUAGAUCUGUGAUCAUAUUAAUAACGAGUGUACCUGUGUACGGUUUAUAACAUAUAAAGAAUCUGUAUUUUUAUUGAUUAUUAAAAAAUAGGUGGUUGGAACUCUUGGCAACUUCAUUGAGUUUACACAUGAUGCAAAUAUAAAUCGUACCGAGCCUCUUCAGUGUACCAAUGCCUUCCACAUUCUUACUGCUGCUGCCCGUACAUUAACUUGUGUUCCAAGCAAUGUAGUCGUUCACAACCAGAAGGAUAAGUUAAAAAAUGAUAUAGUUUCCUGGUUGAAGAAAAAUGGUGUUGGGUGGUCUCUUCAAUAUGUCGAAACACUAGGUAUUAAAUAAUGUUAUUAUUUAAAAGCUUUUAUUUAUACGUUAUCAGUUAAAACAUAUACAGUGUAUUUUAAUAACUAAAGACGGUGUAUGAAGUAAUAAAAUCGUGUGAUAUUAAUAAAUGUAUGUAUAUUAACAGUAAAUAUUAAAAAUAACUUAAUGUGUGGUUGACAUAUAAUUCUCUGCUCUUGUUUAAUUAGGAAACAAGUUUUUGAACACACUUGCUGACGUGAUGUGGUACAUCGAUGGCAACCAUGUAACUCUUAGUUCCCGUUCAUGUGCCGUACCUGAUUCUUUUGCUCAUUUUCAAGGGUACAAUACACCCGAAAAGAGAAAGAGAAAAAGGAUUGCAGCAGAAAAUCUUAAACAAGCAGAACUCCUUGCAUAUUCUGGGACUUUAUUCGAGCUUGCUACAAAUUCAUUUAUGAAAAGCGAUGCAUGGAAAUGUUUGUACAAUGCCAUUCUUCGACUAGCAACAAACCUCCGCAAAUAUGCAGAUUUUUUAAAGAAGAGCAGCGUGAACAUGGCAAUUCAUCAUAACAAGAUUCUGAAGGGAGCUGACGAAACUGAUAGAGUGCAGUUGCUACGAAGUACGGCAGUCAUUAAGCCUACAUUUCAAGCAAGAUAUAAACAAUUGCACACAGCAAUUGCGCAUGCUGAUAAAUAUGAAGUUAUUUGUGCUAAUGAUUAUUCACCAGUGGAACCAACAAAAAAAUACUCAUUUUUCAAAGAAUUACAAGUGCCUGUGAAAUGUGUAUUGUUCACAUACACUGGUGCCAGAGAACAUCUCUCUUUUAUUUGGAAGGUACCCUUAGAGGGUGAUGAAGCACCAGAAUACCUUGAAAGGAAUAACAAAAACAUUGCUGAAAUAAAGAACCUUCCGCAUUACCACACAAGAGCAAUGAGGCGAGAAUUCGUACAUAGCUUUGGUCAAGUUACCAACAGUAAGCCUGCCCUUCUCAGAGAGGCAUACAGAAGAUUAACAGGAGACAGAUCAGCAGCUUCAAGCUUAACUGAAGCGGAAGUUGACGCACGUGUUGCCGAGAUGUUGGAACUAGAGGACCCAGAUUUAAUAUGUGACCUUCGUGUUAAUAAUGCAGGACGACCGCAGGAGUACAUAGUUUUUCUUGAAAAGUGUCAACAGUACAUUGAAAGACAGGUGGAGACAGCUGUUGAUGAUAGACGCCACGACCCAACUACAAGUGAUGGUGAUGUUGUUACGCAUCUUGCCACCGCGAUGAAUACCAGGCAUUUGUAUGACUCGGUAGUAAAGGACUGUGGCGAUGGUAUACCAACACCUUCAAUACAAUGGUUACGUUUGCAGUUAAAAAGGAACUCUUCGCAUUAAAUUCAUGGUUCAAGCGCGUCAAUUCAGGAAAUCACAUGUAGAUGUGCACUAUGCUUCAUCUUUAUUUAGGUACCAGAAAGAAUUCGCCGUCAAAUUCCGAGAAUACUGUUCCUAUAUCAGUUGUGAUGAUAAGCACACGAUUAAAGUAGGAGAACCCGGAUUUCCUGUUGCUUCAGCGGAACGUGGGAAACAAGUGUUGGUCGACAUGAACACAAAAUUCCAAGUUGGAGACCAUGACUUCACAAAAUUUAAACUUAUACCAAGUGUACGUCUUGACAUUGCUAUCCCGGAAGAUAUCCAAGGCUCGUUUUACAGAGGUAAGGUACAUGUUGGACUAAAAGAUAGUUGCUUUGAGUCGUCGUUUGGGCUGCGCCAUAUGACCGAAUUAAGGCAGAUCAUGGAACAUUCAGACACAAUCAAACCAAUGCUUUUGAUGUAGACCGAUGGUGGGCCAGACCAUCGCACAACAUACCUUUCAGUGCAGAUUCCCUUGAUUGCAUACUUUCUUGACAAGGACCUUGACUUUCUUUGUGCAGUACGUACACCACCUUAUCAUAGCUGGAAAAACCCAGCAGAGCGUAUCAUGUCUAUACUUAAUUGUGCUUUGCAAUCUGUUGGACUUAUGAGAACCUCGACUGACAAGGAAGAGCUACUCAAGAAGUGUGGCAAUACCACAGAGAUACGAAAACUUGCUGAAGAUAAUGUAUCCGUCAAAGAAUCGAUUCAAGACUCGCUGCAGGCUCCAAUGUCCAUGCUCGAAGGACUGAUUAUGAAUUUAAAACUUAAAGAAGAUCAGUUUUCUAUAUUCCAGGCGUCAAAGAGCGAUGACAUGGAAAACCUGUGGGCAAAUAUUUUGAAGAUAGACCCAACCAUGACCCGACAAUGUACAACAAAGAAGUCAAUAGAGAAGAAGCAGUUGUUUAAUAAGUUUCUUGAAACCCAUUGCAGAAUACGACAUUAUAUGUUCAGCAUAAAAAAAAUGUGGUAAAGAUAGCUGCACCAUUUGCAAGGCACCCAGACUACCAGCUGAAUUGUUCAACGAGAUACACCACUUACCAGAUCCAGAACCAAGUCGACCCGACCACUACAAGCCAUUUGAUGAUGUGUACGGCCAGAAAAGCUCGGAAAAGCACCGUCCGUCGUUAGUUCAGAGAAACCAAACCAAUCAUGGAAUGCCCUUUUCACCAAGUGCUCAGUGUGCCAAGAAUGUCGGAAUUGUGGUUCAAUUGUCAAGAUUGUGACAAAUGGAGAUGCCUGUAUUCCAAGAAAAAGAUUUUGCGUAAACUGCAUGGUAAAGUUGAAAGUGCGUUGGAGGAUUUGUCCUACACAUGUGGCAGUGUGUUCUCGGAUUUGGAGGAUGAAGAAAUGAGAGGGGGUUUUUGAUUCAGUGUUUGUGAAAGCCAGUCUCGAUUGCAGUCAACCAACAGAAAAGCCGUGGUAUGCAGCAGGUUUUGAAGACAUUUGCUUCUUUUGUGGCGUUGAAGACGAUCUUAAUACCAAUCCCGAAAGCUAUCCACUAUGUGAAGAGUGCAAGAAAACUCGCAAACCAGAGAAGCGAUCAUCAAGAAAGAAAGUUUAA